AUGGCUGCUUAUAAGGCUAACAAUUCUGGGCCUCGUGCAAAGCCUCCAUUGUUGACACAGAAGGAAAAUCCUGUUCUGCCGCGAUCUGUCGGAGAUAACGGUUGCCCUGAUGGUUAUAAAGGACCUGAUUGCAAAAAUCCGAUUUGCAACAAUGAAACAUGGCCUUUCUACACACACGACGGUCUCAAUGAUGGUUUUGGAGACACGAUUGAGUUCGAUAUUGCGCCAACAUGCUCGGAAAGAUUCACGAUUCCAUUGGACAUUAGCACCCCACUUGAUGUUUACAUCACAGUGACAUCUGAUGUUAACGGAAGUUACCCGUACUCGCGACUCUUUGAUACAAAAAUGAAAGAAAUCAUUCCCUGUGGAGAUACAAUCAUAAACGAUCGAUCAACUUUACAAAAAUACUGCCAAGUGCUUUCCUAUUAUGGAGAAGGAUUCUUUACAUUGCGGCUCAGCGGGAACACUGUCGACAUGUGCUCUUUCCAAGUCGAAGCUCCAACUUUUCUGUACCCCGAUGGUGGCUUUGUUGUCUCACCACAAAAUGAUGUCAUUCAAGCGUCUUUGCCUGGCCCAAAUCAAGCUAUUACACAAAACCCAAUCGAUGGAAUUCCAUCCUAUUUGGCGUUCAAAAUGACUCAUGAUGUGUACCCAGUGGCUCCUCAGAUUGUCCAUUUCUACUCAAAUGGUGCUUGGAUUCAAAGUGAAAACUUGAUCGCCCGAUUCCAAUGCUCGACUCCUCAUAUAACUAUUGGAACUUUCACCUGUUCAGCGAAAAACAGCUACUAUGUGAAAUUCCAGGGAAUCGAUGACAAUGGCUAUCCGUGGCAACGAUUGUAUGACUUUGACUGUGAAUCACCUCCACCAACAACCCUUCCCCCAUCAACAACCACUCCACCACUUCCCGUUUAUCCAACUUGUAGCAAUGAAGUGCCAAAGGUUGAUCUCAUUCUUGCUUUUGAUUCAUCAGCAACAAUGGAUCAACUUGAAUUCACCAAGAUCCUCGAUAAAUUCUACGAUCUGGCUUCCCUUGUCCAAUUUGGUCCAACUCAAACCCGUGCCAUUCUUGGAACUUAUGAUGGAGCGAUUUACUUUAACAAUCAACACUUCACUCAUUCUGCUACGAUGGCCAGUUAUCUCACACGACUCGUUGAGUUGAUGUAUACAGGAUAUACAGGAAAUAUGGGAAACAAUGUGCUGAGUCUAUUCAAUUAUGUGCAAGGAUUGCAGAAAGGAGUUGACGCUUUUCGGUCAAAUACGAGGAAAAUCGUGUUUUAUGUUAGCACAACAAAUUGUAAUGAAGAUCCAACAAAUGUUGCGCAACAAUUGAAGAGUCAAGGAGUCGAGUUCUUCCCAAUUGCAUAUGGACCAACUGGAAACUUUACACAAGCAUGGAUGAUUUCUCCUAAAUGUGCUCAUUUGGCGACUUCUGAUUGGCUUCUUCAAGAUGCGAUUAACUAUUUCUUUAGUCUUCUUUGCAGUUCGACUCCAACUUGC